AUACCAAGUUUUAUCUCUGCUUGAGUCUCUUCCAGGUUGCUUGAAAUGGUGCUUUUCUCAGUUAAACGUGGACUUGACAUAAAGGCCAAGCCACAGGAGGCUGCCCUCUUUUAUUUUAUUUUAUCUUUUAAGGCUCAGGGAGCAUCUUUCUGUUUUCUGAGAUGCUGCCUGCAGAGUAGGAACUGGGAGAGAACACUAAAAUGCCCUCUCAGCAAAGAGUAGCGAGCUCCCUACAGAGAGUGUGAGCAGGGGCUCUUGAGCUCAUCUCUUCUCUGUGGGGCCAGCCCAGUGGUCCUUUCUGGACCUGUGGGUGUCUUCUCUGGGCAACCAGAUCAUUGUGUUUGAAUCAGAGCAUCAUUGGCUGAAAACACUCCACUGUUUAUAAAGGUUGUCCAGCAUUGUGGGCCAUCCAGAUGAUGCGGAAUGGAGGUUCCAGAACCCACCUGCCCUGCCCCUCCUGCGAGGGACCAGCCAGCUCCCACUCGUGGCCCUCCAGGGGCCCCAGGUGGCCAGGCCUCACCUCACUUGACCCUGGGCCCUGUCCUUCUGCCACCAGAGCAGGGCCUGGCCCCCACUGUGUUCCUGAAGGCCCUGCCCAUCCCACUGUACCACACGGUGCCUCCCGGGGGCCUCCAGCCGCGUGCCCCGCUAGUAACGGGCAGCCUAGAUGGGGGCAACGUGCCCUUCAUACUCAGCCCUGUGCUGCAGCCUGAAGGGCCUGGCCCCACCCAGGUGGGGAAGCCGGCGGCCCCUACGCUGACGGUGAACAUCGUGGGCACUCUGCCUGUCCUGUCGCCGGGCCUGGGCCCCACGCUGGGCAGCCCAGGCAAGGUGCGGAAUGCGGGCAAGUACCUGUGUCCGCACUGUGGUCGCGACUGCCUGAAGCCCAGUGUUCUAGAGAAGCACAUCCGGUCCCACACUGGCGAGAGGCCCUUCCCGUGCGCCACCUGCGGCAUCGCCUUUAAGACCCAGAGCAAUCUCUACAAGCACAGGCGGACGCAGACACACCUCAACAACUCCCGGCUGUCCUCGGAGUCCGAGGGGGCCGGGGGCGGCCUCCUGGAGGAAGGGGACAAGGCCGGAGAGCCCCCCAGACCAGACGGCAGGGGCGAGAGCAGGAACCAAGGGAUGCACGCAGGGGCCUCGGAGAGACCCCUUUCUCCGGGUGCCCACGUGCCCCUACUUGCCAAGAACCUGGAUGUGAGGACCGAAGCUGCUCCCUGUCCAGGGUCCACAUUUGCCGACAGAGAGGCUCCUUGGGACUCUGCCCCCAUGGCGUCACCUGGGCUCGCCGCGGCCAGCACACAGCCCUGGCGAAAGUUGCCAGAGCAGAAGUCGCCGACCGGCGGGAAGCCGUGCGCCCUGCAGCGGCAGCAGGCGACGGCAGCCGAGAAGCCCUGGGAUGCCAAGGCCCCCGAGGGCCGGCUGCGGAAGUGUGAGAGCACCGACUCGGGGUACCUGUCGCGCUCCGACAGCGCGGAGCAGCCGCCUGCGCCCUGCAGCCCCCUGCACAGCCUUUCGGAGCACAGCGCCGAGUCCGAGGGGGAGGGCGGCCCGGGCCCGGGGCCAGGGGGCGCAGGGGCCGAGCCCCGGGCGCGAGAAGCCGGCCUGGAGCUGGAGAAGAAGCGGCUGGAGGAGCGCAUCGCCCAGCUCAUCUCCCACAACCAGGCGGUGGUGGACGAUGCCCAGCUGGACAACGUACGGCCCCGGAAGACCGGGCUGUCCAAACAGGGCAGCAUCGACCUGCCCACGCCCUACACCUACAAGGACUCCUUCCACUUUGACAUCCGCGCGCUGGAGCCGGGCCGUAGGAGGGCCCCGGGCCCCGUGCGCUCCACCUGGACGCCCCCAGACAAGUCUCGGCCCCUCUUCUUCCACUCCGUCCCCACUCAGCUCUCCACCACCGUGGAAUGUGUCCCCGUCACCAGGAGCAACUCGCUGCCCUUCGUCGAGGGCUCCAGGACGUGGCUGGAGCCCAGGGAGCCCCGGGACCCCUGGUCCAGGAUGCAGAAGCCUCUGAGCCCCAGGCCUGGCCCAGCCCGCCUGGGCUGCCGCUCGGGACUAAGCUCGACUGACGUUCCCAGUGGGCAUCCCCGGGCCCUGGUCAGACAGGCCGCAGUGGAGGACCUGCCAGGCACCCCCAUUGGCGAUGCCCUGGUGCCCGCAGAGGACACAGAUGCAAAGAGAACUGCUGCACGGGAGGCCAUGGCCGGCAAGGGCAGAGCGGGCGGCAGGAAGUGCGGCCAGAGAAGGCUGAAGAUGUUCUCCCAGGAGAAGUGGCAGGUGUACGGGGAUGAGACGUUCAAAAGGAUCUACCAGAAGAUGAAAGCCAGUCCCCACGGAGGCAAGAAAACCAGGGAGGUGGGAGUGGGCAGUGGGGCAGAACUGGGCCUUCCUCUGCAGAAAGAGGCAGCAGGGAGCUCAGGCACAGUCCCCACCCAAGACAGGAGGACCCCUGUCCAUGAGGACACAUCCACGGGGGCAACGCCAGAGCCUUGGGGAAAUCCACCAGCCCCGGAGGCCUCCUUGGUGACUGAGCCCACUAAGCAUGGAGAGACGGUAGCCAGGACAGGAGACAGUGACCGACCCAGGGUGGAAGAGGCUGUGUCAUCCCCUGCACUGGGUGGCAGAGACAGUCCCUGUUCAGGCAGUAGGAGCCCCCUGGUCUCUCCAAAUGGGAGGAUGGAACUGGGGUGGCAGAUGCCCCCAGCACCUGGCCCCCUCAAAGGGGGUGACAUAGAGGCCCCCAGGCCAAUUUUGCCAGACCCUAAGCUGGAAGGAGGUGCCCGAGGUGCGGGGGAUGUUCAGGAGACCUGCCUGUGGGCCCAGACUGUCCUGAGAUGGCCCAGCAGUGGCUCUGGGGAGGACAAGCUCCCCUCAGAGAGGAAGAAGCUCAAAGUGGAGGACCUGCACAGCCAGAAGCAACCAGAGCCUGUGGGCGCAGAGACCCCAGGUGGGCCCACGCAGCCUGCCUCUUUGUCAUCCCAGAAGCAGGAUGCUGAUCCUGGGGAGGUGCCAGGGGGCUCAAAGGAGAGUGCCAGGCAGGUGGGCGAGCCUCUAGAGUCCUCUGGAGCCUCCUUGGCUGCUGCUUCUGUUGCCCUGAAGAGGGUGGGGCCAAGGGACAAGGCUACCCCACUGCAUCCUGCAGCCCUAGCCCCCGGGGAGCACCCCCGACUGGCCACCCCACCUCAGGCUCCUAGAGUGCUCUCUGCCCUGGCAGACAAUGCCUUUUCCCCUAAGUACCUCCUCAGGUUACCUCAGGCAGAGACCCCCUUACCACUCCCCAUUCCCUGGGGACCCAGGCACAGCCAAGACUCUCUCUGCAGCAGCGGGUGGCCUGAAAAACGGGCAUCAUUUAUUGGGUCAGGACUGGGGACCCCUCUUUCUCCCAGCCCAGCCUCAGGCCUCUCCCCAGGUGAGGUGGACAGCAUCUUGGAGGACCCCAGCUGUUCCAGGCCAUGGGAUGGGAGAAAAGGGGCACAGCUGGGGGGGGACAAGGGGGACAGGAUGGCCACUAGCAGGCCAGCAGCCAGGGAGUUGCCCAUCUCAGCACCAGGGACUACCAGGGAGGCCACCUCCUCCCCGCCCACUCCAACGUGUGAGGCACACUUAGUUCAGGACAUGGAGGGUGACAGCCACCGUAUCUAUCGCCUCUGCAUGGGCAGCACUUUGGCAAGGGCCAGGCUCUCUGGGGAUGUCCCGAAUCCCUGGGUACCCAACUGGGAGCUGGGGGAGCCUCCUGGGAAUGCCCUAGAAGAUCCUUCUUCAGGGGCCCUGGUGGGCCCCGACCCGUGUUUCCCCCUCCAGCCUGGCUCCUUCCUCACUGCCCUCACUCGGCCUCAGGGUGUGCCCCCAGGCUGGCCAGAGCUGGCCCUGUCUUCCCACUCAGGGACGUCCCGGAGCCACAGCACCCACAGUCUCCACAGCACCCACAACCCCUUUCCCUCACUGAAGGCUGAGCCGCGGCUCACGUGGUGUUGCCUGAGCCGCAGUGUCCCUCUGCCCGCGGAGCAGAAGGCAAAGGCGGCGUCUGUGUACUUGGCGGUGUACUUUCCUGGUAGCAGCCUCCGAGAUGAGGGUCCCAGUGGCCCUCCUGGGAACAAUGGAGGAUGGACCUGGACAAGCUCUGGAGAAGGAGGGCCGGCGCAGAUGUCCAAGUUCUCCUACCCAACAGUCCCAGGGGUGAUGCCCCAGCACCAGGUGUCUGAGCCAGAAUGGAAGAAAGGCCUGCCUCGGAGGGCAAAGAUGUCUCGUGGGAACAGCAAGCAGAGAAAACUGAGGAUCAACCCUAAAAGGUACAAAGGGAAUUUCUUGCAGAGCUGUGUUCAGCUGAGAGCCAGUAGACUUCGCACACCAACCUGGGUGCGAAGAAGAAGCCGCCACCCUCCCACACUCGAGGGACUGAAGCCAUGCAGGACCCCUGGGCAGACCUCUUCAGAAACAGCAGGUCUGAAUCUACAAGAGGAGCCAUCUUGUGCCAACUCAGAAUCACCUCCUUGUUGUGGGAAGGAAGAGAAGAAGGAAGGUGACUGCAGACAAACCUCAGGAACCCUCUCUCUUGGUACAAGUUCAAGAACUGUCAGGGAAAUGGACAAACGCACUGUGAAGGAUAUUUCUCCAUCUGCUGGUGAGCACGGUGACUGUAUUACCCACAGCACUGCUGCCACAUCAGGAUUAUCUCUGCAAUCUGACACCUGCCUGGCAGUGGUUAAUGACGCGCCUCUACCCCCUGGCAAAGGUCUUGACCUUGGGUUGCUGGAGACUCAGCUGCUGGCCUCCCAGGAUCCAGUCUCAACAGAUCCCAAACCAUGCAUUUUCUCAGAUGCUCAAAGGCCAUCUUCCUUUGGGUCCAAAGGAACUUUUCCCCGCCAUGACAUUUCUACCUCUGCGGCUGCCAUUCGUAUUUCUCUGCCAGUGAGAACAGAUCACAUAGCCCAGGAAAUUCACAGUGCUGAACCACGAGACCACAGCCAGACUGCAGGGAGGACUCUGACAUCAAGCUCCCCAGACAGCAAAGCCACAGAAGAAGGCAGAGCACAGACCCUCUUGCCAGGGAGACCUUCAUCUGGACAAAGAAUUUCAGAUUCGGUUCCACUGGGGUCAACUGAAAAAACUCAUCUUGAAAUACAAGCUUCAGGACCAAGUUCAGCUAGUUCACACCACAAGGAAGGGAGACACAAGACGUUUUGUCCUUCCAGAGGCCAGUAUGGGUGUGGGGAAAUGACUGUCCUCUGCCCCUCUUUAGGAAGUGACGGUAGGAAACAUCAGGUAUCUGAAUUAAUCAUUCAGAAAGAUUCUGUGGUUCCUUCUAAGCCAGAGCAGCCCAUAGAAAUUCCUGAAGCCCCUUCUAAAUCCCUCAAGAAGAGGAGUCUGGAAGGAAUGAGAAAGCAAACUCGAGUAGAGUUCAGUGACACCAGCAGCGACGAUGAAGACCGAUUAGUUAUAGAAAUAUGAAGCUUCCAGAGAAACAUGGUGUCUUUGGUCAAAGACUGUUGACGCUUCACAAGUAAAUGUUGUUAGGCUGGCGGAAGAACUAAACUCUAUCUGUGAAACACCUACAGAUGAGGAAAGCCAUUUUGAGUUAUUUACAAGCCAACUUCAACCAACUUCUGACCCCCAACUCAGCUGCAGCAUUCCCCAGCUCCCCUUGGGAGUGCUCUACUCAUCUUCAAAUGGUGCCAGGCAGGGCAGACAUGGCAAGGAAGCAAACUCUGCAAAUGGUCAACGUGCACAGUGACUGGGCCUUGACUCCCAGCCUCGACUUCUGCACCUGUCCCCCACUGCCUCUCUGCAAUCAAAUGGCACUAACCAAGAAAGCCACAAUCAACACAUUUCUGUACAAGUGGGCCCCACACAGUCAAGGCAACUGGCUUUCUCCAUUAGUAAACUGAGGGUUUGCUUCCAAGGUGGAGAGAAUACUUGGGAUAAUUGGAGUAGCUUGACAAAGAGACGGGGGUGUGAACUGGGCACAAAGAUACUUCUGUUCAUUUUGGAGACAAAAUUCAGAUACAUUAAAAAACCGAAGCUUGUUCAGAGUAAUUCAUGUCCUUAGUGGAGUUGUAAAUACACUUCAAAAUGCCUAUGAUCCGGUGAUAUGCUGAUUACUUUUAAAUGUUGCACAAAUGGUCAAUGCUUAUUUAUGGUCAGAUGAUGCAAGUACAUGCUCUUGUGCCUGGUGCCUUUGCUGUGGAGAUCUCUGAGACUGUUGGUUUUUCUAGUUCUUGCAAAGGAACAUUGUGUUAAAAGUUAAUAGAACUGUCUCUCUGUAAUGAGUCAUUUUUUGAGAGGGAAAAAUUCACUUAUUUUCCUCUGAUUCUUUUUGUCAUAUUGUGCUCUGAGCAAUUUCAAUUAGAGGGUUACAUUUUAGUAAUCUGUACAGCUUAAACUGAUGCCUGCUCAUCGUGACGGGAGCCUUUUAGAUUUCCUUCAGAAGCUUCAAGGUACAAAACUAAUUGGAGUUUUGACGCUGUUUUACAUCUCAGUAAUUUUAUUUUCGGGGCUUAGUGUUACUUUGCUGUCAAAUUAAAUCAGCCUCUGUAUUGUGCACAUCAGAACUGCACAGAUAAAAUUCCCCAAUAUUCCAAGCCGGUGCACCCCUGUGCAGAAGAAAACAGCAGAUCUACGUCAGCCAGCCCAGGGGGCAAAGCCUCAGCUCCACUGCCUUCCUCUCCCCCUCCUUGCAUGGGAGAGGAGAAACUUAAAGAGGUUUACAUUGCUGCAUUUCAAUAAAAUUUUAUACUUGCUUUUGGUAUGAUUUUGUACAAUUUGAAAUUUGUAGCUGAGCUCUUUUGGUUUAACUUUGAUGUAAUGAUGUUCAUAUGACAUCUUGUACUUCAGAGACACAGCAGCAAUGCAGAGCAUCUCACACAUAUGAAUACACUUUAGUCAGUCUGUGCCUGUGACUAAGUAUGGUCAAAUUUCAAGUAUCUUCAUGUGAAUUUUCCAAUUUUGGUGUUUUUCAUAGAAAACUUCAAUGCCAGACCAGCUUCCCUGGUUACUUAGCAUAUAUUUGUGACCAUUUCAUAUGCACUCAUAAAUAUCCAAGGAUUUCAGGCCCAGCCAAGAAAAACAUAAGAAGGGAGGUAAAAAGGAUGUUGGACAUUCACUUAGUGUACUUUUUAAACCCAACAAAAGCGAUGUGGUGAUUAUCUCCCUUUUCGAAUGAUUCAUGCCACUGUAAUGAGAGAGGCAGUGUAGGCAAAUGGUCUGAGCCUUGGAUGGAGAUUGAAGUCCUGACUGUAGCUGGGAAAUCUUGGUUAAGAGUCUUUCUGUACCUUAGUUUCCCUAAGUGAGAAUAAGAGAGUUGGACAAGAUGAAUGUAUCUCCAGGUUCCAAUUUUUCUGAGAAUGGUUGAUAGAGAAGUUGCUCUCUCCUUAAAAUGCUUGGACUCAAUGGCUUGAAGAUAUUCCCCAUGGGGAACCAUUGCCACAGAGGCCUUGCAUGCAAGAAGUUUGGGUGGGGACAGUGAGGAACUGAAACACAAACACCUUCCACCAAUUAUUGCUGUGAAGAACCUGAGCCUGAAGAAGCUCCAUCUAAUUUUUUCCCCAGAGUUCCAGAUUUUAGGGUGCAAUCAUCCAGCCUAUACAUGUGGCUCAUAGUUCAGAAAAUUAAAAGCAAAACCAGAACUCUCCAGUAGGAAUGGAGAAAACCUAUCUGUAGGCUGAACUGGCUCCUUUGUCUUAGGAGGCACUGGUCAGGGGAAAAAAACUGUCUUCCAGACCCCUCCUUUCUGGGUGGCUACUGUGGAAUCAACGGGGUCACCGGCUGUAAAUCAGUAAGUCAUAGCUCCAAACAGCACCAACUUCAGGAUAAUGGUGGAAGCUCUGUCCCUCUAGGAGCCACUGUUGCCAGCUGUCACAUCCCAACCUAGGUCGAAUAUGGCAGAAUAUUGAUUUCAUCUCUAACUCCCUGUAUCUCUUACAAACGUAAAGCAGGUAGCCAAACCACCUUGCUUCCCUGGGCUUUGCCUAGUGGCUGGCAAUGUUUACAAGUGUACCUUACUUUAUAGCAACAUGAAUUUGUGAAAAAGCUGUAUGUCAAUGGAUUUUUUAAAAAUUAAAAAUGUGUUUUGAAUGACCCUAAGGGAUCUGGCUCUUAAAAAGCAUCCUAAGGUAAAGAUUUUUUUAAAAUGAACAAUCUUUUUAUAAAGCAAUGAACAAUCUCUGAGUUUAUAAAUCUUAAUUUUCCUAUGGGUCUUCUUAAAGUGAAAUACAAUUAUAAGAAUACAUUUUAAGGGUAACAUCAACAGCCUAGAACCCAGUUUGGGUUACUAAGAAUAAAAUGUCAGUAUUAUCAAUUGAUAACUACCACAGGUUUCUACUCUGCAAGUGUGUACUGCAUGAUGGUUAAGGAAAACCAAAUUUAUUUUAGAACAAAGCAAACCAGAGUUUAAAGAUCAGGGAUUUCCUUCUUUCCCCAGUGCUAAUUUUCCCAGUGUUAAUUUUAUUCUAUCUUUAGGUAAGGGUCUUAACCAACUGAUGCCUCAGUUUCUUCCACAGAGAAUAGUUAGAGGGAUGCUGUCAUGAACUAAGGAAAAGGGCACUGAACUUUUUUUUGCCAAUCUCAAAAGUGACAUUUCCCCAUGAUUUUAAAGACUCACCAGGUUUCUCUCUCCACCUGUACCUACACCCAGCUAGAUCUUGUCGUUAAAGAUGCAUGGAGGGAAGAGCUUUCAAUCCUUCCCUCCUUGGCAGCCUACAUCGUUAAGUGACUCAAAGUCAUGUGAUUUUUUGUGGACAACUGGAAUCCUCCUUCUUGUAAAACACAUUGAAAAACAGCUCAUCUCUCCUGUUAGGCUUAACCCUUGAAAUUUGAGACAAAGCUAAUAACCCCUUUGGUUCACAUCUCACAGUAACCAGGAGAACCUAUGGUUCGUUUGCCAAGUGAUUAAAAAAAAAGAUGGAGGAGGGUGUCUCUGAAUUUUAAUGAAAACACUGCCAAUAGCAUGGUGGGUAACCUAGGGCAAGUCAGACUUUUUCUUCCUGAAAUCACUCUUCUAAAGCUGAGACCGGAAGAGGAACCUUGCAGAAGUGCACUGUGACCACAGUUCUUAGCAUGAAAGGUAAACAAUUUGCAGUCGCAUGCCAAAAAGUAUUUCCUUGCAUUUACAUUCAUUACUUAGAAUGAUCACAUUAUUCAUUUUUUUCCCCAGCACAGAAAUUUGCAUUUUGCACAAAAUUUGCCUGGUGCAGCAGAUCUUUAUAGUUAUGGAAACUGUCAUCAUUAUCGGAAUGUGCUGCUGUUCAACUCCCCAGACAUAAUUUAAUAUGGUGAGGAGAAUAUGACCUGCCUGGCUCUAUGGGUGAUCAUAUUUCUACUACUGCAGCAAGCUGGACUUGUGUAUUUUUCCUCACUUCAGUUGUUAUUCCCAUAGUUCAUGUAGGGAGGCACUUUGGCUUUUGAAACACUACAUUUCUCAAUACUUAAGCACAAUUUAUUGCCCUUAUUUUUCAGAACCCAUUAAAUAUAAGGGUCAGAACCUAGAAAAUCUUAUGUGCUGAAUUUCUUCCCUGUAUGAUUCUUUUCAUCCAUGCUUUGCACUUAUGUAGGAAUAUACAUAAUUUGGUCUGAAGAAGUAUAGGAACAGUUGAGCACAUUACUUCACCAUUGGAAGAAUAGGAACCAGGGAAAAACAUCAGCCUCUGCCACUUGGAGCACUAGAGGAUUACGGAAUGUCUUGUACAUGCAGUCAACUGUUCAGGAUUUACUACUCAAUUGGUUGUUCACAAUCAGGGAAAUGAUUGGCUUCUUGGUUGUUUGUUGAACUUUCUUUAUAUGGUUAAAUUAUUUUGUUUUGAUAAAAAUAAAACUUAAAAUGCAAA